AUGCGGCUUCUACAACGCGACGACACAGGCAAAUAUAGCCUCACCCCAGACCUCCCUGCCGGCGAUGUACCCCCUUACGCGAUCCUUUCCCACACAUGGGGAGCAAACGAGGUAGUCUUCGGCGACCUAGCGAGACCAGAAGACGAAUGGCAGCACAAACCCGGCUACGAAAAAAUCGAGUUCUGUGCUAAGCAAGCGAGACAGCAUGGCAUACAGUACUUCUGGGUGGACACCUGUUGUAUCGACAAGUCUGAUAGCAUCGAGCUGCAGACUGCGAUCAAUAGCAUGUUCCGAUGGUAUCGCGACGCGAAACGAUGCUACGUCUAUCUCGCAGACGUCUCCAGGACUGUAGUAUCCGGUCCACAAGAAACCACGACGCCUUGGGAGGCGGACUUUCGAAACAGCAGAUGGUUUACUCGUGGUUGGACACUUCAGGAGCUCAUCGCGCCGAAGACAGUCGAUUUCUACUCGAAGGAAGGGUCUUGGCUAGGUGACAAAAGAUCCCUGGAGCUCCAAAUCUGCGAUGUUACCAAUAUUCCUGUAAAGACUCUCCGAGGUGCCCCGUUAUCCGACUUUACGGUCUCGGAGCGAGAGGCAUGGGCUGGUAAUCGUCGAACAAAAUAUGAAGAGGACAUGGCGUAUUCGCUUUUAGGGAUCUUUGACGUGUAUAUGCCACUUAUCUAUGGUGAAGGGCGAGAGAACGCACGAAAGAGGCUACGAGAGGAGGUCCAAAAGGCUACUCAAGGAACUCAAAGGGAAGGUUUCUCUAUUACCCUUAGUCUGUCCGACGUUCCCGAAAUACAAUACUUCGUCGCGAGAGAGGGUGAAUUAGCAGAGAUGCGCAGAACACUGAGCUCGGACGGAAGCCGCCGUAUCGUGACCCUCCAUGGUCUCGGCGGCAUUGGUAAAACACAGCUCGCCGUCGCAUACAUCAAACGGUAUCGAAAUGAGUAUUCCGCCAUAUUCUGGUUCAAUUUCAAGGACGAAGCCUCAAUACAACAGAGCUUCAGCAGAGUCGCAAGGCAGAUUUUACAGCAACAUCCUGAGGCCAGCCGUUUGAGUGGACUGGACCCUCAGCAGAACGCCGAAGAGGUAGUCGAAGCCGUUAAGGCGUGGUUAAGUCUACCGGGCAACAAUAGGUGGCUUCUCGUAUACGAUAACUAUGACAAUCCGAAGUCAGCCGAUCGCACGGACCAUGGUGGGAUCGAUAUCAAGCGCUUCCUCCCUAUAGCGCACCAAGGCUCGAUUAUUAUCACAUCACGGUCAUCACAGAUCAAUAUUGGUCGUUCGAUUCGAACGAAGAAGCUUGAGUCGAUGAACGACGGCCUGGAAAUCCUCUCAACGACUUCAGGUCGAGCUGACUUACAAGAUGAUACCGAUGCCAGAAAGCUCGUAAAGGAACUUGAUGGGCUUCCUCUUGCCCUUGCCACGGCCGGCGCAUAUUUAAGGCGCGUUGCAAUCGGUCUCGAUGAUUAUCUUCGCAUAUACAAAGAAUCAUGGGCAAGACUUCACGUAAGCACGCCAAGCCUUGGUUCAUACCAAGACCGUACACUCUGCUCGACGUGGCAGCUCUCAUAUGAGCAAGUCCAGAAGCAAAACUCUCUCGCAGCUCAUUUACUGCGAUGGUGGGCAUAUUUUGAUAACGAUGAUAUAUGGUUUGAACUCCUUCAGCCUAAUGGUGUGGACGAUAGGGAAGCUCGGUUCGAUCCAGCAAGGAAGCCAUCAGCGCUUCGAAGAAUCCAAACACGAUUUCGAGCUGCUCUCCGCCCUAGAAGGAUCACUGGCUCACAUGGAACUCUCCAGGAUCGCAGAGAUGCGAAACUCCCUCAGCCACUAGCGUGGACACAUGAGCUGACCGACGAGCUGAAGUUUAACAGCGCUAUGGGCACACUACAUGACUACGGGUUCGUAGAGCUACACAUCAUAACUCCAGACCUGGUUGGGUCAAGGGGAUACAGCAUUCACAGCUGCGUACACGCUUGGACCAUUCACAUAGUCAAUAAAGACCGGGAUGUGCGCCUAGCUAAGCUUGCGGUAGAGUGCGUAGCUGCACGCGUUCCGUCACAGAACGAGGCUCAGUUCUGGCUACUUCAAAGACGGCUUCUAUCACAUGCGAUCCGAUCUUGCGCUACGAUUCAAGAUAGCGAUCAAGACUUAGCCAGGGCAUUUUAUAACCUAGGGAACCUCUACGCCGACCAAGGCAAGCUGGUCGAGGCCGAGGACAUGUAUCUGCGGGCGCUUCGAGGGUACGAGAAGGCGUGGGGACCGGAUCACACGUCAACACUCGACACGGUCAACAACCUAGGUCUCCUCUACGCCGACCGAGGCAAGCUGGUCGAGGCCGAGGACAUGUAUCUGCGGGCGCUUCGAGGGUACGAGAAGGCGUGGGGACCGGAUCACACGUCAACACUCUCCACGGUCAACAACCUAGGUCUCCUCUACAAAGACCAAGGCAAGCUGGUCGAGGCCGAGGACAUGUAUCUGCGGGCGCUUCGAGGGUAUGAGAAGGCGUGGGGACCGGAUCACACGUCAACACUCGACACGGUCAACAACCUAGGUCUCCUCUACGCCGACCAAGGCAAGCUGGUCGAGGCCGAGGACAUGUAUCUGCGGGCGCUUCGAGGGAAGGAGAAGGCGUGGGGACCGGAUCACACGUCAACACUCUCCACGGUCAACAACCUAGCAGCCCUCUACGCCGACCAAGGCAAGCUGGUCGAGGCCGAGGACAUGUAUCUGCGGGCGCUUCGAGGGAAGGAGAAGGCGUGGGGACCGGAUCACACGUCAACACUCGGCACGGUCAACAACCUAGGUCUCCUCUACGCCGACCAAGGCAAGCUGGUCGAGGCCGAGGACAUGUAUCUGCGGGCGCUUCGAGGGAAGGAGAAGGCGUGGGGACCGGAUCACACGUCAACACUCUCCACGGUCAACAACCUAGGUCUCCUCUACAAAGACCAAGGCAAGCUGGUCGAGGCCGAGGACAUGUAUCUGCGGGCGCUUCGAGGGUACGAGAAGGCGUGGGGACCGGAUCACACGUCAACACUCGACACGGUCAACAACCUAGGUCUCCUCUACAAAGACCAAGGCAAGCUGGUCGAGGCCGAGGACAUGUAUCUGCGGGCGCUUCGAGGGAAGGAGAAGGCGUGGGGACCGGAUCACACGUCAACACUCUCCACGGUCAACAACCUAGGGAACCUCUACAAAGACCAAGGCAAGCUGGUCGAGGCCGAGGACAUGUAUCUGCGGGCGCUUCGAGGGUACGAGAAGGCGUGGGGACCGGAUCACACGUCAACACUCGACACGGUCAACAACCUAGGGAACCUCUACGCCGACCAAGGCAAGCUGGUCGAGGCCGAGGACAUGUAUCUGCGGGCGCUUCGAGGGUACGAGAAGGCGUGGGGACCGGAUCACACGUCAACACUCGACACGGUCAACAACCUAGCAGCCCUCUACGCCAACCAAGGCAAGCUGGUCGAGGCCGAGGACAUGUAUCUGCGGGCGCUUCGAGGGUACGAGAAGGCGAUAGAUCCCCGACAUAUCUCCAGAUAUCGGCCAGCAAUCAACACUACGUGGGGUCUAGGUGCCUUGCUAAGGGAUCAAGGCAAGUUAGCCGAGGCCAAGGAAUACUAUCAACGUGCUCAUAACGAUCUUGAAGCGCUGCUCGGACCUUCGCAUAAAGAUGUUCAGUUACUACAAAUACUUUGUUGGAUAUAG